UCUCCGCAACAACUGUCGAGUGAAGAAGCCAAACCGCUCUCCACUUCCAAACUUCUACGAGCGAGAGCGAGAAAACCCGACAACAAAAACAAAGCUUGAACGCAUCACGUUAGUUUUCGCUUGAAAGGCGCGAGCGAACCUUUUUUCUUUUUAGGGGCACAGAGAACAGAGAGAAGACAGAGAAGAGAGAGAACAGAGAGAAGAGAGAGAAGAUGGAUUGUAAGAAAAAGUUUGAGUCGACUCGCGCGGCUCGCUGAAGCUCUCUCCGGGACAGAGAGGGGCUCAUGCCGGCCACAGUUCCACUUUGAGAGGCUUGUUUCCAACUCCGGUUCAUGGGGUCCGCGGUGCUGCCGGCCCGGUGCUAGUUUACGGGAAGCGGGACGGGACACACCGACGAGAGAGAGAGAAGAGAGAGAGAGAGAAGAGAGAGAGGUCGUGACGGAACUCGGAGGGCAUCAUGGAGACUUCGUCGCCCACGGCCACUGAGAAGAAGGAGUGUAAGGGUUCAGGUCUGGACGGGAGCAGCUUCUCAGAACUCCCAAAGAAGCCCUCGCCCACCAUUCUGACCAGAGGUCCACACCACCUCUUCCCCACGUUCCACACGCCCAUCCCCAUCGACAUGAGGCACCACGAGGGGCGGUACCAUUACGAGCCACACCCACUCCACGCCAUGCACGGACAUCCGGGCCUGACGGGCAGUCCGGUCAUCUCAGACAUUUCCCUGAUCCGUCUCUCGCCCCACGCGGUGCCCGGGACGGGCGAGUCCCCGUUCAGCCACCCACAUCCGUACGUCAGCCCCCACAUGGAGCACUACCUCCGCUCGGUGCACGGCAGCCCCACCCUCUCCAUGAUCUCAGCGGCCCGAGGACUGAGCCCCGCCGAAGUGACUCACGAGCACCUGAAGGAGCGCGCCCUGUUCAGCCUCCCUCCUCCGCCACCGGGGGCCAACCCGACAGAGUACUACCACCUGAUGGCCAGCGCCAGCCAGCGGAGCCCCUACGGGGACCUGCUGAUGCAGAGCAGCGUGGCGGCGGCGGCGGCGGCAGCGGCAGCUCAUCUCCCAGAAUACAUCAGCCCCUUGGAUGUGUCCCGUUUCUCCAGCCCCCGGCUGACCCCCCGGCUGAGCAGGAAGAGGGCUCUGUCCAUCUCGCCGCUGUCCGACGCCAGCAUCGACCUGCAGACCAUGAUCCGCACCUCGCCCAACUCCCUGGUGGCCUACAUCAACAACUCACGCUCCAGCUCGGCCGCCAGCAGCUCGUACGGGCACCUUUCAGUCGGAGGGAUCAGUCCCUCGUUCAGCUUCCCUCACCCCAUCAACCCCAUGGCGUACCAGCACCUGUUGUCCCAGCAGAGGAGUCUCAACGCCUUCGGCCACACGCCGCCUCUCAUUCAGCCGUCGGCGUCCUCUUUCUCUGCCCGGCAACACCCGCUCACCGCGUCGCCGAUGACCACGUCCCACAUCAGCUCCAACUCUGAAGCGAACCAGAAUGCCAGUGGAGACCCGGCCGUCAGCAGCACCGUCAACCCGCUGACCACCAAGAGGUCAAAGGUUAAGACGGAGGCGGAGGGGCCGCUGCCCAUCUCUCCAUCCUCUCAGGACCACUGCGGGGGCGUCUUGGACCUGAGUGAGGACCUGGAUAAAGACGAGUGCAAACAGGAGCCGGAGGCCGUCUACGAGACCAACUGCCACUGGGAGGGCUGCAGCAAGGAGUACGACACCCAGGACCAGCUGGUGCACCACAUCAACAACGACCACAUCCACGGGGAGAAGAAGGAGUUUGUGUGCCGCUGGCUCGAGUGUUCCCGCGAGCAGAAGCCCUUCAAGGCGCAGUACAUGCUGGUGGUCCACAUGCGGCGCCACACGGGGGAGAAGCCGCACAAGUGCAGCUUUGAGGGCUGCGCCAAGGCCUACUCGCGCCUGGAGAACCUCAAGACCCACCUCCGGUCUCACACCGGGGAGAAGCCGUACGUGUGUGAGCACGAGGGCUGCAACAAGGCCUUCUCCAACGCCUCGGACCGGGCCAAGCACCAGAACCGCACGCACUCCAACGAGAAACCAUAUGUGUGUAAGAUUGCGGGCUGCAUCAAGCGCUACACGGACCCCAGCUCUCUCAGGAAGCACGUGAAGACGGUCCACGGACCCGAAGCCCACGUCACCAAGAAGCAGCGGAGCAGCGACGCGCCGCCGAGACCGCCGCCGCCCAAAGGAAACGGAGAGAACGAGGUCGGGGCGAGAGGCGGCGACGGCAGGAUGGAGGCCAACAGCACCUCCCGGGGAGCGGAGGACCGCCUCCAGGUCAAGGCCAUCAAGACCGAGAACUCCAUGACAUAUCAGACCAGCCCUGGUGGCCACUCGUCAUGCAGCAGCGAGCCGUCGCCUCUCGGCAGCGUCAACAACAACAACAACGACAGCGGAGUGGAGAUGGCCCUGCACGGCGGGGGCAGCUUCGGGGACCUGAGCGCGCAGGACGACUGCCCCAUGGUGGACUCCACCGUCACCGCCGGGGGGGGGCAGCAGGCCGGGGUGGGGCUGCAGUUGAGGAAAGCCGUGGUCACCAUCAAGCUGGAGAACAUCAAGAAGGAGCGGCUGAAGACCGUGAGGGACUCGUGCCCCUGGGGCAAUGCCGCGCCGCAGGGGCAACGCAGCAGCACUAAGCUGCCUCCCAUACCUGCAGGCGGCUCCCUGCUGGAGAACAACGUGAUCGGCACCCUGAGCGCUCCGUUCCCCGGCCAGCGCCCCGGCGACCUCUCGUCCUGCGAGGUCACGCUGCUGAACCAGCUGAACGAGCGCCGCGACAGCACCGCCAGCACCCUGAGCUCGGCCUACACCGUGAGCCGCCGCUCCUCCGGGAUCUCCCCGUGCUACUCCAGCCGGCGCUCCAGCGAGGCGUCGCAGUUCGGCGGCAACCGCCACAACAACAUCAGCUCGGCCGACUCCUACGACCCGAUCUCCACCGAUCUGUCCCGCCGCUCCAGCGAGGCCAGCCACGGCGGCGGCCUGCCCGGCGUCCUCAGUCUGACGCCAGCUCAGCAUUAUCGACUGAAGGCGAAGUACGCCGCCGCCAUCGGCGGAGCGCCGCCGACUCCUCUCCCCAACAUGGAGCGCAUGAGCCUGAGGACGCGCAUGGCGCUCUACAGCGACUCCCAGGAGGCGGCGCCCCCGUUCCACCGGCCGCACCCCGGAGCGGCGCCUCGCCGAGGCAGCGACAGCGGGUACGGCGUGCGGAGCAUGAUGCCCCACGAGGCGCCCGGCGGCCUCCCGCGGCGCGCCAGCGACCCGGUGCGGCGGCCGACCCUGGACCCUCUGUCCUUCCCGAGGGUCCAGCGCUACCACAGCGCCAGCAGCGUGAACCCCGCGAGCACCGACCGCCACCAGGCUCUGGCCGCGCAGGGCGACACGCGCUCCGACGGCAGCCUGCAGCGGUACCCGUUCGCCCCGCGGCCGCCCAGCAUCUCGGAGAACGUCGCCAUGGAGACCGUGGCGGCGGACGGUGCGAUGAUCGGGGGCGAGGAGGACAUGGUGCUUCCGAACGAUGUGGUGCAGUACCUCAGAUCCCAGAAUUCUGGACCCUCGGGUCACAACUUUGGGCAAGUGGACUACCGUCCGACGAAGGGCUACCAGACCAGCGCCGCCCCGCCGGCGUCGUUCUACGCUCAGAGGAGGAUGGCCAUGGCGGACGCCGCCAUGACCCAGUCCGGUCUGGACAUGCAAUCCUGCCAGAUGGGACCCGGCGGCUCCCAUCAGUCCUUCUCCACGCCACCCGGCAACAUGAACAAGAGCAACAUGCCGGUGCAGUGGAACGAGGUGAGCUCGGGCACGGUGGACGCCACCAACAGGCUCUCCAAGCCGCAGCCUCUGAGGGGGAACCUCGCCGUGGUGCAGCAGAGGCAUAACUUCGGCUGCUUCCAGGGACCGGGUCCGGGCAGCAACCAGCAGGUCGUGCCGAUGAGUCAGAACAUGUCCGUGCCGGGCUACGAGGACCACGGCAACCCGAGGCCGAUAACCACCUCCCAGCAGCAGCAGAGGCAACGCGCCACGGCAACCUUCGGCGAGCACAUGAGUCCUCAGCAAGGGUUCGGCCAAGAGGCCAUCCCAAACUCCAUAUCCGGGAGCACCAGCGUGAGACCGACCCGGAACCACGUGGCGGUCCCGGAGCCGCAAAGUUGCCGAGCGAGGCCGCAGGACGGAGGGUUCUCCCACGGGUUUCCGGCGGAGCAGCACCAGGUCCACGGCGGGGGCCGGGCGCCGCUGCUCCCCAGGCCCCCCGCGGAGCCCAAGUCUUUCGCCAGGCAACAGGCCGGUUCUGGCGCGAUGCAACCGCCGUCCGAGUCCAACCCUCGCUGCGGCACCGACGCGUCCGAGGCCAGCCCGAAGAGGCCGAGCGGCAACGCGGCCCAUCCCAACUCGGCGCUGCUCUACGCGGCUCAGAUUCACAUUUUCGAGCCGACGUCGGCCGGCGUCGCCGCCCUGGCUCCCGCCGGCGGCGCCGCCGCGAUGGCCUCGCCGGGGGUCGACCACGUCUCCAGCAGCACCGCGGACUCGUCCACCGGCAGACCCGGGGGCGCGGAGCACGCCCAGAUCGACUUCGACGCCCUGCUGGACGACGGGGACCACUCCAGCCUGAUGUCGGGCGCCCUGAGCCCCGGCCUCCUGCGGAGCCUCUCCCAGAGCUCCUCGCGCCUCACCACGCCGCGCAACUCCGUCACGCUCCCCUCCGUCCCGCCGGGGAUCGGCAACAUGGCCAUCGGGGACAUGAACUCCAUGCUCACGGCCUUGGCGGAAGAGAGCAAGUUCCUCAACAUGAUCAGCUGAGAGCAAUCAAACCCCUCAUCAUCGUCAUCGUCAUCAUCCAUCCAGUCCAUAUGGACUAAAGCACUGAUUGAAUACUGGCGAGUUCAUGAAUUUGUUUUCCUCGUCUGUAAUUUUUGCUUCAGAGCGUCAUAUGUUGUUUCCAGAACAUAAUCGUACGCGUAACUCGGCUUUAGGACAAGUUCUAUCGCGAUGUGUUUAAAAAGCCAUGUCCCGACACAUGAAUGGGAAUAUAAAUGCGUCGACAAACAAUUGCCAUUCAGUAUUUGCCGGUGUGAUUCCCAAAGCGGCGACGCGUGUCGAUGCCAGAUCACAUUUCCUGUGCGUGGAUAUUAUUCUGUAUGGUAUGUGCUUUAAAUUAUGCUUAUGAUGUUCAAACCAGGGCUGGCGGGGGUUACGUAACACACGGACUCCGCCUGUAUCUUCGCAAUGAAAUAUGAAUGACUUUUUUUGUAACUCCAUUUUUUUUAACGCCAUCAGUUAUUUUUUUCCUUUUUUCUUUUUUGCGGAUCGCAAAAGAAUAUUCUCACCGUAUCGAACGACGACGGUGCGUUACGUUCUGUGAGGCGAGUGAAGAGCGUAAAAGACAAACACAAUGUUGUGGAAAUGAUUGAGAGAGCUUAAUUAUGUGUUGUUAUGGGUUUAUAACACGACUCGCGUGUGUGCAGGUCGACGAUCACUGCCAUGAAGCGGCUCGUUCACCACCAGACCGCCAUGAACCCGGGGAGAACGUGGAGGAGUUGAUCCAUCGCAACAUGAACGUCUGCACUUAACAAACGAGCCCGGUCUGAACACGCGGUCGGACAACGUGAGCGUCCACAGAUAUGAAGUGCAUUUUGAUCACGGCCUGAUGGAUGGCGCUGGAACGUGUGAUUUCUUCUCUGCCCUCUUGGAUCAGAGGCAUCGACUCCCCGCGGGGGGGGGGGGGGGGGGGUAGUGAUGGAUCAGGACAAGGCCUAUCAGGGCCGAUGAACCCCGCUGUCUGAAGAGCACUCUCUAAAAGAAUACACAAGUACCUCUGUGAGUUCUCGGUGGUGAUCCAACCCUAAUGAACUCACAGCAGACACACACACUCUGACCAACGCAUCCUGUUGGGGUCCGGAGCGGCAAAAACAUGCAAAUCCCUGUUUUAUUCUACGUUUUGCUGACAUUUCUAUGUAGCCUUUAAAAUGUUUGUGUGUAUGUUUACCAUUCCCUUGUACUGUGCGUUUGUGUGAGUGUGUGAGUGUGUGUGUGUGUGUGUAUAUAGCUUUUGUACAUUUCAAAUAAACUAUCUCCUUUUGUUUCUGUUGAA